AACUAGUGCGACUCGUUGCAACCGGCCGGGCUGAAAUUUUCAUCAUCUUCUCGUUCGUCGAUUGUCCGCCGAUCGUCCGCUGAUCAUCCGCCGACCGUCCGCCGAUCGUCUCUUCCACCGAUCUUCUCGUCCGUCGAUCUUCUUGUCCGCCGAUGGUCCACCGAUCCUCUCUUCCGCGAUCGUUCGCCGAUCUUCUCUACCGCCAAUCGUUCGUCGAUCUUCUCUACCGCCAAUCGUUCGCCGAUCAUCUUUUCCGCCGAGCGUCCGCCGAUCCUCUCCUCCGUCGCUGCACUUCUUCUCUUUCGCCGAUCAUCUUCAUCUCCCUCGUCUGUUCUGCUCAAAACGAUCUGUAUCGUUUUCGGGUGAAACCGUGAAGGUAAGGUAUAAAAGCAAAAUUCAAUAAAAAAUUUAAAAUGCU